AUGAGGAGGAGGAAGGAGGAGCUUGGUCGCAACUGGUUUCCUCCUCUCGCAGACCAUAGGUCGACGAGUUGGGGUGGGCCAGCGCUGCAACUUGCCAAGUUGGGACGAGCUGUUUGGGUCCUUGGGUUUGGUGGGCAAGUGGAAGUGGGUUGGUCUGUUGAGGAAGUCAAAAUAAGCCCUUGUCGUGUGCUAUUCUACAAGAUGAGGCUAGUUGAGCCUUACUUUGCCCACAAGGAUCUGUUGAGCGGGCCGAGGAAUGAGUCCAACUGA